AUGCUUGAAAAUCCAGAUUCUGUGGAAAAAUUUCCAGUAUUGGAUCCUCUAAAAAAGAAUGUACUCCUGUCCCUGCACUCUCUUUCAUCUUUAAUCCACGUGGCAAUGUUCUAUUUCCUAUUGGUCCAAUGGAGUAAAGUCGAUAUUCCAGUUAUCACGCAUUUUCAGAUUUUCUGUCUGGUGAUUAUUGGAAUCGGAUUAUUGAUUAUCUUGAUCUUAUUUUUCAUUAUUUUUAACAACGAAAUGAAAAGUGACUCACAUGCAAGACGAUUCUUUCAUAUUUGGCCACUGGUACAUAUCGCCUUAUCCACCGCCUAUCAGCUCUUCACGCAAAUUGUGAUAUCUCAUUGGAAAACUUACCAGAUCCCAAUCCUCUACUCAUCCUGUGCAACUACCGUCUCUGUUGGCAUUCAUUUAGUUCUGCACUCCAUGUCGGUUUUUUGGAAAGUAUAA